CCAAGAUGGCCGCCCCCAGGGCAAAAUGAACCCGCUCCGGCCGCCGCCGGGGGGAAUGCGGGCUUAGGGCCGGCCGGGACAUAGCCGGGUCGCUUCUCCGCGAGGGACACUCGUCCGUGCCCGCUCGGCGUGCGGGGCCCUGCCGGGGCUCGUAGCUGGAGAGCGGAGACUCCCUGGGGAGGCGGCAUGUGGGGCGCCCUGCUGCGGAGCGGGGUCCGUGGCACCGGCGGGCUGCGGUCCGUGUCGUCGGGCGGCCCGCCCUGGAGCCAAGUGGUGUCAGAGGCCGAGAAGAUCGUGGGCUACCCGACAUCCUUCAUGAGCCUGCGGUGCCUGCUGAGCGACGAGCUCAGCAACAUCGCCAUGCAGGUCCGCAAGCUGGUGGGCACCAAGCACCCGCUGCUCGACACCGCCCGGGGUUUUGUGUAUGACAGCCGAAACAAUUUACAAAUGCGAGGUUUGGUCAUAUUGCUGAUUUCCAAAGCUGCUGGACCCAGCACGGCAGAGCUCUCUUUCCAGCACAACAUGGUCAGUGGAAUUUAUUCCAGUCAAAGAAGUCUGGCUGAGAUUACGGAGCUGAUCCACACUGCUUUUCUGGUGCAUCGUGGUAUAGUAAACAUUGGUGAGCUCAAGUCCUGUGACGGCCCACUGAAGGAUAUGCAGUUUGGAAAUAAAAUGGCUGUUUUGAGUGGAGAUUUUCUCCUAGCAAAUGCUUGCACGAGCCUUGCGCAGUUGCAGAACACCAAGGUUGUGGAACUCAUUUCAAGUGCUAUUGGUGACUUAGUUCAAGGUAUAUAUUAUGAAAACUCAAAAUCAUCUGAGGAGAACUGUCUUACAGAUGAUAUUGGCAUAUCUCGGUGGAAGGAGCAGGUUUUCCUGUCACAUAGUGCCUUGCUGGCAAAGAGCUGCCAGGCUGCAAUGGAGCUAGCAAAGCACAGCACUGAGAUUCAGGACAUGGCAUUUCAGUAUGGAAAGCAUAUGUCUAUGAGUCAUAAGCUACAUUCAGACCUUCAGCCAUUUGUUAAAGAAAGUUCGAGUGACACAAUGGCCUUCAGUUUGAAUUCUGCUCCUGCAAUCCUUCAUCAGGAAUUCCUUGGAAGGGAGGCAUGGAUUAAGCAGAUUAGAGAGGCACAAGGAAAAGGAAACAUAAUGGACUACAAAAAGCUGCAGGAAGCGAUCAAGGCUGGAAAAGGUGUGACUUCUGCCAUCGACCUCUGCCGCUGCCACGGAAACAGAGCACUGGCAGCCCUGGAGCAUUUCCCUCCCUCCGAGGCCAGGGAUGCCUUGGCCAACAUCGUCUGCGCCGUGACCAGGUUUCCCUGACCUGCUGCUCUGGGGGGAGCGUCUCUCCCUCCACAGGUGGAAGCAGCCUGGCGGAGAGACUGACGAUGCCUCACACCUCUGGUCGUCUCAUCGUCCCAUCCCAACAGAGGAAUGCACGCCAGCUGCUGCCGCCACCAUCACCACCAGCAAAAUUCGGGAGCGGAAAGAAAAAAGGUCACAAAAGGCUUUUGCUUGUCGUGCCAGAAGCGCACUUGAGGCUGCACCAGUAGAAAUAAUUAAUGAGUCCCGUUUUCGUGACCUCAGCAAAUGGACAGGAAAUAAGUUGGUAUUGAUUGGGUACCGGUGGGGACGGCGCCAGGGUGGAGGCCGGUGGUUUUCCUGCCAGAGGGGAGGGAUGGAAGGAGGGAGGGAAGGAAGGGCGUGAAGAUCCAGGUGUCACAAGAAACUCGUUUAAACCUGCCCAGAGAGAGUGAGCUGCCGAAGCCGGGAAUUAACAUACCCGCUUAUCCAAGGAGAAGGGCAGAUUGGAGGAUUAAUGGAGGAAAAUCCUCUCUCUGUCUGUGUGCAGUCAUGUCUCCUCACACUGUUUUUAUGUAUUAAAACAUAAAAUUACCCCGUGCCUAAUGAUUUUUGUAUUUGAGAAACUUGCUGAGAAAAUGUAUCAAGCAUGGUAAGUAGGAGCUUUAAAAUAUUUAAUCAAAUAUUAAUUUGACUCUGUUAAGGGAACUGAUUGCCUGGGGUUUAUACUGUGCCUGUGUAAUAUGUUGCUCUGGAUCAAAGAAUGAGGUUUUCCCAACUCUUCUGAGGGAGGGAAUAUCCCUCUUUCAGAUCCAGAAUUUUUUUUCUACAGUCUUACACAAAAGAAUUUCCUAUGUUUGUGACACUUGUGUUAAUUUAAGCCAAAUAAAUGUUAAUUUGUAAGGCUAGACAUCAUCCUUUGGCAUAAAGAAAGCAGGAAUGCUUCUCUGUGAAUAGUCACCGCACUGAAUAAAAUGCAGAAAAUAUUGGAGAAGUUUUGAA